AUGUUGAGAAAGAUACACUCAAUAUUUCAUCCCACCUCCCGCAGGAGGAGUCUGUCCGAUGGGAUCCCUACCUGUGGUGGUUCUGCCGUCCGGUUGAUCCGUAGCACCUCUAUGUAUGUUCUCGGAGGUGAGGAGCAUAAAUUCAGCGAACCUUUAAAAAAAAGCAAAAGUACCACCAGCCUAGAUUCAACUGCCGGCCUCCAGCUGAAGGAAGACGAAAGGGCAUGGAUGUAUGCAAAGACACAAGACUGUUUGCAGUACUUACAAGAUUUGUUAGCCUUGAGGAAGAAAUACCUGGAGAGCAUAAAAGAUUUGAAGUCUAUGGACAGAACACCUGAAAUUUCCCCUCUGUCUACAAAAUCUUCCAAGACAAGAAAAAAACCACCAGCUCCACCGCCUCCUGUACAAUCUUUCAAGAUCUCAGCAGAGAGAAAAGUCCCACAGCUCAACUCAGAUGUAACUGAGGCAAUAGCUUAUUUUGACUCAAUUAUUGCAGGGUUGGAUGCAGAAAGGCAUCGGAAAAUAAUUGUGAGAGAUCAUCCACAUGCAGACGUUGAUUUUGAUGUUGUUACUAGCUCAAGAGAACACAGCUUACAUUCCAACUGGAUUCUUCGUGCCCCUCGGAGAUAUUCUCAAGAUGCUGCCCAGGCAGCAAAGUCAACAAGCCAAUUGGAAAGAAGCAGCCAAGGAAGAACCAUCAGCUCCAGAAAGAAACUACAAAGAUAUCCGAUAUAUCUACCUAAAGCUGUGGAGGGAGCAUUCAAUACUUUGAAAUUUAAACCCAAAACGUGCCUAAAAGGACAGUGA